AUGUACGUCUCACGCCUACGGGGCGUCGCCGCCACCGCGGCCCGCCAGCUGUCCAAGCCCUCGCCCGCCGCAUUCAGUACCACGACCCGGCAAUUCCAAGACCCCCCAGCUCCGACCUCUUCCUCGAGUUCUUCAUCUACCACGACACCAGCGGCAGCUUCUACGACCGCACCACCGCAGGUCGUGGAAGGUGCGGAGCCGACGUCGAUCGCACAGGCGCCAAACCGCCACGACGUUUGGUCGAGGUCGCAGCGCUCGCGGUCGGCGGCCAUGGUGGGCCCGCGGUUUGAGCAGACGGAUUUUGAGUUGCAGCCGCGACCGUAUGCCGCCAUCGAGCUCAUUCACAAGCAACCAGUCCGGUGGACACACGACCGCGUCGUGGCGUGUGACGGCGGUGGUGGGCCAGAAGGACACCCCAAGAUCUACAUCAACACUGACAAGGCCGAGAUUGCGACGUGCGGAUACUGCGGGCUGCCCUUUGCCAACGAGCACCACCGGCCCCACCUCGAGUCUCUUCCGGAGACGUCGUAUCCGCUUGCUUAG